UGUUGCCAGUUGAUGGGGAAGAAAGGAAGUCAGAGGGCUCAGACACUGAGGGGGACAGAACAUCUCCAUAUGCACUCUCAUCUCUUGUAGUCAGCAACAGCUUUCCACAGGGAGGGCCCUACAUCAUCGGCUACCCUGAAGGAUCUGGAGAGCCUGUGCCAAGAACCGGCAGUAGUCCGGGAUUCAAGGUUCAUAAAAAUCAAUCUACUGAAGAACACCAUCAAAUCUUUGGUAAGAGUUCAGUGGGGUCCCCUGAUUCCAUGCUGCCAAUCCUGGGCUGGGUUUCCCCUUAGGGCCCUGAAGAAAGAGCUGGGGGCCCCUGGUGCCAAGGGCAAAUAGGGAGCUGGAGUGCCCAGGCCUCACCUGGAGGGACCCCAGAGCAUGCAGCGUGGCUCUUCUUUUGCUGCCCUCUUUGCCGACUCUCUCCUCUCCAGACACCCCUGCUCGAGUCCUUGCUACACACGCCCUGGGGUUGUUGCCUGUCGGGGAAUUGCUAGCCUGACUGGUUGUCAGGGGCCCUGUAUUUCUGCUGUGACUCAGUCCCCAAUUUGAUCUUCGAUUCUGGACAAGCCACCUCUCCUUUUUGGGCUUGUGUUUCCAGAGGAGGUAGUGAGUAUCAAAGGUCUCUGUUAGCUCUGAGAGUCCGAGAUUUAAAGACCCCCUAGAAUGGAAACCUCAGGGCCAAGGGCUCCUGUCUGUCCUUUUCCAUCCUAUAUCUGCUGUGAAGAACCAUACCUGGCCCAUACGUGCUCAGUAAAUAUUUAUUGAAUGAACGCACUUUUCUAAAUCACAAGCUGCCAGAAGGAGGGGCCUUUCUCAAACUCCAUCUCUAGGGGUUUAUGUUAGUGUCCUCUCAAGAGAGUCCUGAUUCAGACUUUGAGUUCUGUGGCUGUGGGCAAAAACCAACAAAGACACAAAUUCUCUGUCCUUGGGAGCUUGAGGAGAGUUUACCGGUUCAUGUUCCCGUUAUGUCUGAGAACUUUGCCUUUAAAAUCCAUUCCUGGCCCCUGCCUACUGCUUCCUGGUCUGGGGAAUAGAGUUGAGGGGGCCACACUCCAUCACCUUAAUUUGACUCUCCCCACAGAAACAACAGAAGAAAGAACUGGAACAUCAGCUGGAAAAAGUAACAUGAUUUCCUUUCCUCGCGACAUGACUGCUGGGUUUGGGGGGCACUCAGACAUAGAGGCCUCAGUCUCAUCUCACCCACUCCCAGCCUGGGGAAGAAGGCUCACUCCUCACAUUCCACCCCAUCCCCACAGGGCCUCUCAUAACCUGGUCCCAUGAGUGGGCCUGUCCUGGGGCAUUGGUGGCAUUCUGGGGGCAUGUCUCUUGCUGUGCCGUCUCUGCCUCCCCCUGGUAAGAGCUCUGUCUUCCUCUUCCUACAGGAAAAGAAAGAAAACAACAAGAGACAGCAAGCCAAAAGGGGGCUAGAAGUUCAAAUCAAGAUAUUAAACACAGAGAAAAAGCAACUGCAUACGGACAUAUUCCACACAAAACGUUCUCUCAGAUACUUUGAAGAACAGUCCAAGGAUCUGGCAGGCCGCCUGCAAUGUUCAUUGCAGCGUAAAGAAGAAUUAGAGCGGGUUCUCUCUGCUGUCGCCGCCACACAGAAUAAGAAGCUGGAUGGGUUCUUGAGCCACAGUAGAGCACAUAUGGAGAGGAUGUUACAGCAGUCCCUACGGGACCAGGCACUGCUCAAGGCACAGCUGACACAGUUGAAGGAGACAUUUAAACAAGGCCUAUCAGAGCGAGACGAAUAUGCUCAGUGUAUGAAAGGAGAGAAGGCCCGGUGGCAGCAGAAGAUGACAAAAAUGUCGCAGGAAGUAGACAAAUUGAAGAAGGAAAAUAAUCAUUAUAUGCAUUGGGUAGAGGAGCUGGAGAGGCUGUCCGAACUGCAAAAACAGACGGCUGAACCCCUGCCCCCGGAGCCCGCAGCAGUGCCCUCUGAGGUGGAGCUGCAGCACCUGAGGAAGGAACUCGAGAGAGUGGCAGGAGAGCUCCAGGCCCAGGUCGAAAAGAAUCAGCGCGUAAGUCUCCUGAACCGGGUCCAAGAAGAGACGCUUCAGAAGCAGGAGGAGAGGCUCCAGGAACAGCAGGAGAGGCUUCAGCAGCUGGCCAAGCCACAGAGCGUCUUCAAGGAGCUGGAGCGCCUGGAAGCUGCCAGCAAGCAGAACCAGCAGCUAACAACCCAGUUGGGCCUCAUGGUUCUACCUGGAGAAGGAGAUGGAGGAGAACCUCGGCCCAUGCCGAGCGUCCCAGAGGACCUGGAGAGCGGGGAGGCCACGAUCAGCUUUAUGGACCACCUGGAGGAGAAGGCAGACCUGAGUGAGCUGGUGAAGAAACAAGAAAUACGAUCCAUCCAGUACUGGCGAGAGAGAUGCCAUCAGAAAACCCAUCACCUUUUAACAGAGCCAGGGGGCCAUGCCAAAGAUGCGGCACUGGGAGGAGGAGAUCAUGAGGCUGGCCCAGGACAGGGAGGAGAUGAAGGUGAAGCUGCUGGAGCUGCAGCAGAUGGUAUCGGGUCCUGUGGCAAUGACAACAAUGGGCACAGAAAAUUCCUGGCUGCUGCCCAGAACCCUGCUGAUGAGCCCGGUCCAGGAGCCCCAGCCCCCCAGGAGCUUGGGGCUGCAGACAAGCAUGGUGAUCUUUGUGAGGUGAGCCUCACCACCUCUGCGCAAGGAGAGGCCAGGGAGGGUCCUCCCUGUGACAACCCUACUGCACAGCCGAUCGUGCAGGACCACCAGGAGCACCCAGGCUUGGGCAGCAAUGGCUGUCUUCCAUUCUUUGGCUGGGCUUGGCUGCCGAGAAGAAGGAGAUAAACAUCAUCAUCAUCAAAGAGCUGGCCAAGAAAUUUUUAAAUAAGAAACCAAGUUAUGGGGUUAAUCUCCGACACAAUUCAUUUAGUUCAUUUGAAUGUUAGAGCCACUCAUGAUUAUUUGUGUUUCUAAUUUAUAGUUUAAGUUUGUUUGUAAAAAGUUAAAA